AUGCUAGACUGCAAUGGAAAUAGUACCCCAUCAAAAUCAGGGUUGAUACUGUCCAAGGAAGGCAAUGAAGAGCCGAUUGAUCCUACAAAUUUCAAGCAAAUAGUAGGAUCCUUGAGGUAUUUGUGCAACACAAGGCCACAUAUUUCAUAUAAUGUUGGGUUGAUCAGUAGAUACAUGGAGAAGCCUAUGACAUCACACUACAUGAUGGCAAAAAGGAUUUUGAGAUACAUCAAGGAAACCAUUGAGCUUAGCUUGUUGUUUCCCACAAAUUCGAAUGAAGAUGGAACUGAACUUGUUGGCUUUACUGAUGUGGAGACAAAGAUGAUAGAAAGAGUACUAGGAGAUAUGUGUUUAUGA